GCCGUUCGUUCCGAGCAGUAGCUCCCGGUUUCGUUCCGGUACUUCCGGUAGUGGUUUAGGUGGCCCAAGCUUGGGAGUCGGUCUCCCGCCCACCCGUUUAUCCCUAACCCUUCGGGAGGCCAUCCCCCAUCGGACGCAGCCAGGAGUCCUCUCAGGAGAUUUGGAGUCUUUUUGCUGCGUUUUUCCCUCCCCACGGAGUUGGAUACAAGUUGGGAGUUGGGAAAUUGGGCGGGUUGGUUGCGGGGUGUUCAUUUGUACACGCGUGUGUUGGUGCGAGUGCAAAACGGCGGUCGAGUCCUUGUGUCCUUGCUGAGCUGAGUUGAGCUGGCAGCAGGUCGGUCCUCGAAAACGAAAAAAAAGCUGUGUUCUGAAGAAGGAAAACUCACAGAGUGUGUAGUGUGUUGUUGCGAGCUGGAGGGUUGAGAGGGUGACCCCCCGGUCGUGGUCGUGGUGGCCGCAUAAACGUCUAACAUGUGUCAAAUUAUUGUUGUUGUGCAAUUUCUUUGCUUUCCACCCCGUUGAAUAAUUGAAGCUUGUGCAGUGGGACCCCCAGGAGUGCGGAAACGGAGUAGAAAGAGUGCGGAUGAGGUUCGGGUCCAGACCUUCAAAGGCAAAAAUGAGAACUUCUCCCGACUGCAGUGAUGCCUCCCAGCUAGAACGGAUUAAGCUGGUGCUGGCAAAUGUCCUGGAAGAAUGCAGCAAAAGUGAGAACCACUAAAGUUGAAGUGACGUGUCCCCUCGCCCCACCUCCCCUCCUUCGACGUUGGGAAGAAAUCAUUCUCCAGUGAGUGAGUGUGUGCCGAGGAAGAAAAUGCGUAUGAAAUAUGGGAAGCUGUUCAUCGUUUUUAUGAUUUGCUUCAACUUGGUGGUUUUUUACUACUCGUGGAAGUACUUUCUGACGAGCACCAACUUCCUGGCGGAAACGUUCGGAAGUGCGCGGGUUCAGCGCGAACCGUACGAGCACGCUGGCUACAGCAUCAACGGAGAGCUGGAUGUGAUUGACGCGGAUCAAAGUCCUGUGCAACGGGAUCGAUCUAGACCUACCAAGUUGUCCAAGUUUAGUCGAAUUCGGGACCGGAUUCAGAACACGAACAAAUAUAUUCGCAAGAGCAUCACCGUGGUGUUCCGGGACUUUUACGACUUUGACAACGACCUGCUCCAAUCGAUCGCCAGUGUCAACAACCUCAUCCCGAACGUCCAGAUCUUCAUAAUCGCACCGGAGAUCCCGUACCCUCCGCUGGACAUCUUCACCAAUCACGGUCAAUCCGCGUCCAAUCAAUCAACCUGGUUCGAAAAGGACAGCAACGUCAAGUUCUUCAGUCUCAGCUACGACGUGACCAAAUCCCUCAAAGAAACCCUCCCCCUGCUCCAGAUCACCACCAAGUACGUCCUCUUUCUCCCAGACAGUGUCCGCCUCAACGGGCGGUCCCUUCUUUCCCGAAUGCUGCGGGAAAUCUCCAACCCCUCCACGAACGACCUGCUCCUUCAGCAGCAUCAAAAUCUGCUGCUCAAGCAAAACAACCAAGCCGUCCCCGCCAAAGACCAGCUCCUGAACCAGAAGCCCGAGCGGAAAAUAAUAGCCGUCCCGUUUGCGUCGAACGCGCGGACCGCGGCCAACUGCUGCCACCUGCAGCUGGAUCUGCCCAACUGGACGCUGGAGUACGUGACUGGCAACGAAACGGACAGCUGCGACAUGUACAAACAGAAGCAUGCCAUCCUGGUCGAGACGGCCCUGCUGAGGGACAUGCCCGAUGCUCUAUCGUCUCCGUUUCCGGAGCUUUUCUACAUCCAGGCCAAGCUGGCCAACAUUAAGAAAGUCCUGCUGAACGCCGCCUUCCAGGACGGCAAGAAACUGUUCACCUCGUACCACACCAAAACCAAGCGACGCAACGUGCGCAAGGACCAGUUCAAAGCCCUGUACCGAAAGCUGCAGAUCAAGAAGGUGGUCCGCAAGAACUAUCUGUACGACAAGUCGAAGCUGGCCAAACGAAAGCUAAUCAAAAGCUUCGAACACAACAACCAAACAAUUUCCCUGCUGACGGAGAUUACGUUUUACGGGUGCGAGAAGCAAACCAAGAGUUGUAUCGGCCAGGUGUACAACUCGCAGCCCUUCUACGUGUACCUGGGCCGGCACACGCCCCCGUGCUGUCUGGACAAGCUGAAGACCAUCUUCCGGCACGUGGUCGAUGAGUUUGAAAACGUUGGCAUCCGCUACUGGUUGGACAAUCACGCGCUCAAGAACGCCAUCGAGCUGAAGGCACUUUCGCCGAACGCGUACGAAAUCGACAUCAGCUUCAACAGCGAUGACGUUGCCCGGUCCCUGGCCAUGAAGAAGGCCCAAACGAAGCCGUAUACCGACGGGGAUGGGUUCCACUGGUUGAAAGCCACCGACGGGCACUACUUCCGGGUGCAGUACUCAAAGGCGAAUCAAAUUGCGGUCAACCUGUUGCCGUUCGACCUCAGCGGGGAGGUGGUCCGACCGAACGGGUUCUACGGCUGGAAGGCCAAAAAGUUCUCCGUCGAGUUUCUGCACCCGAUGUCGACGGUGCUGUUCCUGGGCAAACCCAUCAUGUGCCCCAACAACGUGAUGGAGUACCUGGAGACGAAGGGGAUCAAGUAGAGAUUGAAGAGAGGGGAAGUGGGGUGUGACGACGUGGUGAGUUCCUGUGAUAGAAAGGUGGUGCUGUACAUUCUGUGCUUGCAGAGAGGGCUGACGGUAACAAACUCUUGAAUUUGAUAUUAUGUGUGAGAACUUGUACAUAGGUAGAGAGACAUCUGAUAGAUAGCGCUAGACGUAAACAAUAGGCUUUAACCAUUAAAAGGUAACACUUUUAUGCUACAAAAGUAAACUGUUUUAACUGCUGAAUUCCUACAUAAUUGUGGCAAUCUGAAACUUUUAUUUAUAAUGAUAAAUGCAAAACGCAAUAUUUUUUAGCGCAUUGAUGCUCAAUACAUUUGUAGAAAAUGAAAUAAGCCAAUUAUUAUACGUUUCUUGACAGAUCGGGUAACCAUAACAUUUAAGAGCGAGUCCACGAGCAAAGCAUACCCAUCUCGCAUCGACCUCACCAAUCUGCCUGAAAUUUUUAGGGGUUGUUUGUACAUAUAAAACUAGCAUCUGGUCAAAAUAUGAGCGCUCU